AUGAAUUACGUAUUAGUUUUACUCUUGCUAUGGAGCUGUUCCACAGAAAUAGUUAAUUCCUCGGGCCGUUUUACAAAUAUCAAAUGUAUUUCCUUGGAUGAGGACUUCACCACCGUCACCCAGUGUUCCCUGAAAAUGGUGAAGCGUAAUGUGGUCGGACUGAAUAUAUAUUGUCAACUGCAUAAGGGACCGGUUAGUAAUGUAACAGUCAAUGUGGCCCUCUACAAAAAAUCCAACGGCUAUCAGCCAUUUUUGAUAAAUGCCACUGCGGACUUGUGUAAAUUCUUUGAGAAUCGUAAAAAAUAUCAGAUAUUUAUGAUAUUAUCUCAGUACUUUUUGCGUAAUUCGAAUGUGAAUCACACCUGUCCCUAUGAUCAUGACAUAAUUGUGGAUAAUCUUAUUUUGGACAGCGCACUGUUCGCAACAGUGCCACUGCAAAAUGGAGACUACAUGUUCAAAGUAUUAGCUGGAAUUUUGAACUCUUGGAAAGUUGAAUUUAAUGUAUUUUUUCGUAAAAAUUAA